AUGGCCAACUGCACAGUGGCCUCCCCUAGGUCAAGCAGACUUCCCGUGGCGGCGUCCACCGGAAGAGGAAGUAGUGGUAUUCCGUCACCACAAAUCUCCAGAACCGGACUCGGGAGGUCGUCUGCGAGUCACGACAAGAAGACGCUACACUCGGUGAUCGCUGUGUCGCCCAAAAACUCCCGCGUUGGUGGUGGUGGUGGUGGUGUUGGUGGAGGUGGUAUUGGUGGAGGGGGGAGGAAUCGAACUACCGGUUCUGCAGCAGCCGGGAAUAAAGGGACCCACAGUGCUUCUUCUACACCUACGCUCAGUAGGAGAGUCCCCCCGCCCUCCACUCUUCCAGCGGCUGAUAAUUCGAAAAAGCGAGAAGGAAACAAGACGAUUGAAAGCUCCCCACCUCCAACAAAGUUCAUCCCGUCGCCAUCUACCGCUUCAUCGCCAUCAUCGUCGUCGUUAUCUAACAUCACCGUCACUUCCGUUUGUCCUCCAACAACCACCACCUCAAGUUCAGAACCGGGUAAACCUCGAGGAACCGGGUCAUCGGAACCGGAAAAGACUCGAGGAACCGGGUCAUCAGAACCGGGUAAACCCCGAGGAGCCGGAUCAUCAGAACCGGAUAAGACUCGCGGAACCGGAUUACCUGCAAGUGCAAGUACUGGGAGUAGAUCGGCUGUUGGAGAGAGCAGUAACAAACCGCCUGGAGUAACUAAUGGAGUAAACAGUCAACUGUCGGAUGGGAGGAAUCGAGUCACGAUCAGCGGGUUGACUAGGCCGAGUGGUGUGGUCAGUCAUGAGUGUGGUGGUACCGGAUACAGCCACAGUGGUGGUCCGUUAGUGACCAAAUAG